AUGAUUGCACCUUUGAUUCAAAAAGAGCUUAUCAAUUGUUGUGCAAAAGAAACUACCAAGGCAAUUGUGGAAGAUCUUGGUAAGGAUUAUUUUGGAAUACUAGUAGAUGAGUCAAGUGAUGUGUCUCAAAAAGAACAAAUGGCUUUGUGUGUCCAUUAUGUUGAUAAAAAAAGAAUGAUAAAAGAACAGUUUCUUGGAAUUGUUCAUGUUGGAGAUACCACAUCUUUGUCUCUUAAAGAAGCUAUCUUUUCUUCGCUUGAUGAGCAUUCUUUGAGUUUUUCAAGAAUUCGUGGACAAGGGUACGAUGGAGCUAGUAAUAUGAAGGGUGAACUUAAUGGUCUCAAAACUCUAAUCAUGAGAGAAACACAAUCUGCAUACUAUAUACAUUGUUUUGUUCACCAACUUCAAUUAACUCUUGUUGCCGUUUCUAAGAAAAAUAAAGAUUGUGGUUGGCUUUUUGAUACACUUGGAGAUUUGUUGAAUGUUGUUGGAUCAUCAUGUAGGCGAAAAGAUUUGCUUAAAGGAAAACAAGCUGAAAAAAUUGCAAAAGCCUUUGAAAAUGGUGAAAUUGUGACUGGAAAAGGUUUAAACCAAGAGCUUGGUUUAGGUAGGCCGGGUGAUACACGUUGGGGGUCUCAUUAUAAGUUGAUUUUGAAUGUCAUUGAUUUGUAUUCUACAAUACGGGAGGUGCUUGAUUUGAUUGGUAACGAUGCUCAAAAUGGUAAUGAUGCUAGAAAAGCCGAUAAUAAUAACAUUGAUAUUCUUAAUAUGGAUGUUGUGUAUACUCCUCCGGGGAGAAAGAAACGUUGUCGUUUGGAUACUACUAAUAUUAAUCAUUUUCGAAUUGAAGUGUUCUUGGGAGUUUUUGAUAUUCAGCUUCAAGAGUUAAACAACCGAUUUGAUGAGGUUAGUAUAGAGUUAUUGACUUGUAUGGCUUCUUUGAGUCCACUUGAUAAAUUUUCUUCUUUUGACAAACAAAAGAUACUUAGACUUGCUGAAUUAUAUCCCGAUGAAUUUACAAGUGUUGAUAGACUAGCCCUUGAUGAUCAACUUGAUAAUUAUAUUGUUGAUAUGCGGAGGGAUGAUAGAUUUUGGGUAUUGAAAGAUAUGGGUGAACUUUCCAUGAAGCUUGUCGAGACAAAGAAGCAUCAAGUGUAUCAACAAGUCUAUUUGCUCAUAAAGUUGGUAUUGAUUCUCCCCGUAGCAACUGCAAGUGUGGAAAAAACAUUUUCUAAAAUGAACAUCGUGAAGAAUAAGUUGCGAAAUAGCAUAGGUGAUCAAUUUCUAAAUGAUUGUUUGGUCACUUAUAUAGAAAGAGAUGUUCUUGUCCAAAUCGAUGAUGAAAAAAUCUUGAAACGAUUUCAAGGAAUGAAAGCUCAUCGAGAACAAUUGUAA